AUGAAAGACACCCUGAAAAAGCACAACAGAGUGCACACUGGUGAGAAGCCUCACGAGUGUGAAAUUUGCAAAAAGAAGUUUACAUGGAAAGAGACCCUGAAAGAGCACAACAAGUUACACACUGGUGAGAGGCCUUUCGAGUGUGAAAUUUGCAAAAAAAAGUUUACGAGGAAAGGGAAGUUGAACGAGCACAAAAAGAUGCAUACUGUUGAAAAUCUUCACGAGUGUGACAUUUGCAAAAAGAAGUUGAUGACGAAAUCGUACUUGAAAUGGCACAAAAAGUUGCAUACUGGCGAAAAACCUUUCGAGUGUGAAAUUUGCAAAAAGAAGUUCACAAUGAAAGGGAACUUCAACGAGCACAAAAAGGUGCAUACUGGUGUAAAACCGAGUGUAAAGUCUUUCAAAUGCGAAACUUGUAACAAAAAGUUUACCUGGAAAGCAAACUUGAUUCAGCACAGAAAGGUACACACUGGUGUAGAACCGAGUGUAGAGUUAUUCAAAUGCGAAACUUGUGACAAAAAGUUUACCUGGCAAGCACACUUGCAUCAGCACAAAAAGGUACAUACUGGUGAAAAACCUUUUCAAUGUAGCAUUUGCCUUGGUAAAUUUGCAUACAAACAUAACUUAGCUAAGCACAUCCUUCUGCACAGCAAUGAAAAAGCUUUUAAAUGUGAUAUCUGCGACAAGAAAUUCACCAUCAAACAAUAUCUCGUCAAUCACAUUAGAUAUUUGCACUGUGGUGAAAAAUCUGUCAGAUGCAUUGUUUGCUACAAAGGGUUUUCUCAGAAGGAAAGUCUGGUGAAACACAUUUCCAUACACAGUGAUAGAUAUCAGUGCGAAUUUUGCGACAGAACAUUUGGUAGCGAACGUACUUUGAUCAGACACAAAGCAAUGCAUACCGGCAAAAAACCUUACGAAUGCAAUGUUUGCCGUAAAACCUUCCACACCAGAUCGAAUCUGAGCAAGCACAAUAUUCUGCACUCUGGUAGAAAAACACACAAAUGUGAGUUUUGCAGCAGGAUGUUUUGUUUUGAGGGGAGUUUGAAAAGGCACAAUUUGAAGUUUCAUGUCGGUGAGGACAAAACACUCGAAUCUGAAAAACUCACCACAGAUCAAAGUUUGUUCAGACAUAAUAUUCUGCACACCGGUGAGAAACUUCUAAAAUCCGAAAUUUCCUGUGAAGAGGAUUCGUCUUUGGAUAUCGAAUCUCACAAAGUGAAAAGUGAAUUUGACAGUGAUGUGGUCGAAAAGGAAUGCAAGAUCGAAUUCGAAUACAAUGAUCUACAAUCCGACGUUCCAGAAUUUGUUGAAAUAAAACAAGAAUAUAAUUGA